GUCCGUGGAGUGUGAAGGGAGGUGGAGGAGAUGGCGGCCACUGCGCGGGAAGAUGGCGCCCGCGGCCAAGAGCAAGGGCGGCGGGGCUGCGAGCACUAUGACAGAGGAUGUCUCCUGAAGGCACCUUGCUGUAACAAGCUUUAUACUUGCCGGUUGUGUCAUGAUAACAGUGAAGAUCAUCAGCUAGAUCGCUUUAAAGUAAAAGAAGUGCAGUGCAUAAACUGUGAAAAAAUUCAACAUGCCCAACAGACUUGUGAAAAAUGCAGCACAUUGUUUGGAGAAUAUUAUUGCAAUAUAUGCCAUCUGUUUGACAAAGACAAGAAGCAGUAUCAUUGUGAAAAAUGUGGAAUUUGUAGGAUUGGUCCAAAGGAAGAUUUUUUCCACUGUUUGAAAUGUAACUUAUGUCUAGCUGUGAAUCUCCAAGGAAAACACAAGUGUAUUGAAAAUGUCUCCCGGCAGAAUUGUCCAAUAUGUCUGGAGGACAUUCACACAUCCCGUGUUGUUGCUCAUGUCUUGCCAUGUGGACAUCUUUUACAUAGAACAUGUUAUGAAGAAAUGUUGAAAGAAGGCUACAGAUGUCCGUUAUGUAUGCACUCUGCUUUUGAUAUGAGUAGGUACUGGAGACAGCUGGAUGAUGAAGUAGCACAGACACCUAUGCCAUCAGAAUAUCAGAACAUGACUGUAGAUAUUCUCUGCAAUGAUUGCAAUGGACGUUCCACAGUCCAGUUCCAUAUAUUAGGCAUGAAAUGUAAGAUUUGUGAAUCCUACAAUACUGCUCAAGCUGGAGGAUGUAGAAUUUCACUAGAUCAGCAAUGAUCAACUAUACUACUGGAAAACUUAGCAUUUUCUGAUAUAGAAAAAGGCUUUCCUUAGUAUCCUGUUGUCAUAAUGUGCCACAAUCUAUGCAUUAGAAUUGAUGUGUUUUGUACUAGUGUCACAGCAUAAAAUCAUAUUACAAAUAUAUAAGGAUUCAGGGUCUCUUUAUAGAAUCAUCAUAGCUCUAUACUGGAUGACUGUGCUUGUGUUUUGAUUGGAAAUCCCUUUAGUGUCAGUUGUUUGGAAGCCAGUGAUGUUUGUCACAGAAACUCAUACCCAUAGGAGAAUGUUAUUCUUCCGUGGAACUUUGCUUUGUGUGACACUAUGCACACACAGUUCAUUUCUAGUUCUUGAUAGAACUGCACUUAAUUCUCAGUAUUAUUCUUGAUUUUUUAAGGGCUGUGCUGUAAUGGGAAUAGGCUCUACCUUUGUAUUAAAAUUUAAUUACAUAGGCUUUAGAAUUUUUUAAAACAGUCCUUUGAAUCCUGUAAAUGUGAAUUUUUAUGUAAUAGCUAAUAAAAUUAUAUUGAAACAGUG